AAUACAUCGGUAGUAUGUUAAUAACAUUUAUCAAGAUUAAUAAUUUAGUAACAAUUUGAUUGUAUUCAAACACUAUGUACGGUUUUGUGAAUUAUGCUUUAGAGCUUUUAGUAGUGAAGACAUUCGGUAACGAAACAUGGGAAGAUAUAAAAAAGGAUGCAUCUGUCAACAUGGAAGGCCAAUUCUUAGUACGCCAAAUUUAUGAUGAUGAAGUUACGUACAAUAUUAUUGCUGCUGCUGUUAACCGACUCAAUAUACCAGCUAAUGAAAUUCUUGAACUAUUUGGUCGAAUGUUUUUUGAAUUCUGUCAAGAUUCCGGCUAUGAUAAAAUUCUUCAAGUCCUUGGAGCUACGCCAAGGGAUUUUCUACAGAAUUUGGAUGCUCUUCAUGAUCAUUUGGGAACUCUGUAUCCAGGGAUGCGAGCACCAUCAUUUAGGUGCACAGAAAGAUCAGAAGACGGAGCCCUUAUUCUUCAUUAUUACUCGGAUCGCCCAGGGUUGGAGUAUAUUGUUAUUGGAAUUGUUAAGACGGUAGCAAAGAAAUUACAUGGCACUGAUAUAGAUAUGCAAAUAUUGAAAACAAAAGUGGAAUGUGAUCAUGUACAGUUCCUUAUUACUGAACAGUCAUAUCCUGGAAUUGCUAUUAAACCAACGAUUACUGACCUUGAAUGUCUAUCUGUUGAACCAAAAGUGAGUCCAGCAACAUUUUGUCAAGCAUUUCCAUUUCAUCUGAUGUUUAACCGAGAUCUGAGAAUUAUACAAACAGGAUGUACUAUAAUACGAGUUAUUCCUCAAGUUUGCAGUAGAAAUUGCAAGUUAAAUGACAUCCUUUUGACAGUAAGGCCACAUCUUGAACUGACGUUUGAAAAUAUUCUUUCUCAUAUUAAUACUGUCUACGUACUUCGAACAAAGAAAGGUGUUAUGCAAGUUAAUGCCUCUGAAGAAUAUUCCGACUUACGUUUAAAGGGUCAAAUGCUGUACGUGAGUGAAUCGGAUUCGGUCAUCUUCCUUUGCUAUCCAAGUGUGAUGAAUCUCGAUGAUCUAACGAAAAGAGGUCUGUACCUGAGUGACGUACCUCUUCAUGACGCUACUCGAGAUUUAGUUCUUAUGUCUGAACAAUUUGAAGCUGACUAUAAAUUGACAAGAAACCUUGAGCUACUUACGGAUAAGCUACAACAAACUUAUCGCGAACUGGAUGGUGAAAAACAAAAGACCGACAGGUUGCUCUACUCUGUUCUACCGAUCUCCGUCGCUAAUGAAUUAAGACACUCACGCCCAAUACCAGCAAGAAAGUAUGACUGCGUUACACUUUUAUUUUCGGGAAUUGUGGGUUUUAGCGCUUAUUGUGCAGCACAUACGGAUGCAAGUGGUGCUAUGAAGAUUGUCAAAAUGCUCAACGAAUUAUACAUUGCUUUUGAUAUUCUAACGGACCCUAAGAGAAAUCCGAAUGUUUACAAGGUUGAAACUGUCGGCGACAAAUAUAUGGCAGUUAGUGGAUUACCAGAGCCUUGUAGUUCUCAUGCUCGUUGUAUUGCACGUCUUGCAUUGGAUAUGAUGGAUUUAGCUGCUGAUGAAGUAAAAAUUGAUGGAGAACCUGUGAAAAUUACAAUUGGUAUACAUAGUGGGGAAGUAGUUACUGGAGUAAUUGGUCAUCGUAUGCCUCGCUACUGUCUCUUUGGUAAUACAGUUAAUCUUACUAGCCGAACAGAAACUACCGGUGAACCAGGGAAAAUCAAUGUGUCAGAAGAUGCAUAUGGCUACCUGUGUCUACAAGAAAAUCAAGAUCCACAGUUUCUAUUAGAGUACAGAGGUCCAGUAACAAUGAAAGGCAAAUCAGAACCAAUGAAUGUUUGGUUUCUUUCUAGAGAGAGAGAAUUGUCAGCAUAAUCAUAAAAUUACUAUUACAAAAACUGAGGUCUAUUUUCUCUC